CUGGUUCCAGUCAGAGUUUUUCAUUUGAAGAAUUUCUUUACCAACUUCCUUUAUCAAGGCGACUGUGACCAAAUUGAUUUGUUUUGUCAUAAUCGAUUCAAGCCGCUGUUCAAUGCAACUAUUGGGGUUGAUUUCACUGUGAAAACUAUUGCUGUUCAAGACCGUUUGAUCACCUUGCAAUUAUGGGACACAGCUGGGCAAGAAAGAUUCCGAUCCAUCACCAAGCAAUAUUUCCGGAAAGCUGAUGGUGUUGUUCUAAUGUUCGACGUUACAUCAGAGCAAUCGUUUCUCCAUGUUAGAAAUUGGAUCGAUUCUGUAAAAAUGGGCGUAGAUGAAAAUACUGUUAUGUGUUUGGUUGGCAACAAGGUUGAUCUGUUUGGUAAUGAUAAUUCGCGGAAAACAAUUUUUCAAGCUGGAAAGAAAUUGGCUCAGGAAUUUCAAAUGCCAUUCUUUGAGACAAGUGCGUUCACCGGAUAUGGAAUUGAGAAUUGUAUGAAGGCAAUGGCAGUAUCACUGCAAAAAAGAGAGGAUGAUCAUCUAGAAGAAGCUCUACGACUAGAGCAGCAGCCAUCGCCAAAGCGUCGAAGCUGGUGCUGUCUGUGA